UAGAAACUCCAGAUUCAAUUUGAUUAUAGAAAUUCUAUUAGUAAAUUUUUUUUUUUAAUUCUAGAAUUGCGGAAACCCAAGAGAGCAACAUUAAAAAAAAAAAAAAUGAGGAGAUCAUUGGAGGAAUCACAGAAGGCAAUGGAAAUUGCAAAUGCAGAAGUCAAAAGGCUCAUCAGGGAAUUGUUUCAACAUUUGAAAGCUAUUAGGCCUGCUGUUUCAUUCACUGGAGAUCUAUUCUCAAAGAUUUACAUGGCCGUGUAUCAAGCAUGCCGUGAGAUCUACCAGUCUUAUCCGUAUGGAGAUUCUUCCAAACUCCAUGAGGCCUAUCAAGAAGGCUUAUCACAUUACAUAAACCAAGUGAUAUUGCCCUCUCUGAAAGAAGAAGUUGACUUUGAAAAACUAAUUGAAAUGUAUAUUGAAAGUGUGUCACUUUCUUCGGCUUUGCCGAAAUUUAUAGGUCAUACAUUUCUUCAUUUGGAGCAAUAUGAUAGAACAGAAAUUAGUAUUACAGAAAGAGUUCAGCAAUUGUUCCCAGAAUCAUUGCUUGAUGAUAUGGCACAGAAAUUAUGUGAUGCUGUUUUUUAUUUGAUAUAUCAAGAUCGGCAGGGAAAACAAGUGGAUUGGGAUUUAGUAAAGAGUAGCUUUGAUGUAAUCAGAAAUACAGCGCUUGAUAAUCAAUUAAAGCAGAACAGUUGUACGAAGAAAUUAUCAAAAGAAAAAACAAGUCUUAUGGAGAAAUAUACAGUUGGUUUGGAGAAACCAUUGCUUGCAGAUUGUUCUAAAUAUUAUUCUCAACUAGCUACUGAUUACGUUCAGAAAUAUUCCUGCUCAGAAUACAUGCUCAUGGCUGAACAGUGUUUGGAAAAGCUUGAUAAGAUUGCAACUUCAUGUUUGCCUUUGAGCUUACAACAAAAAUUGAUAGAGGUAGCACAGCAUGAAUUAAUAGUUGUGCAACAUAAGCACCUCUUUGAAAAGGAUGACUCUGGUUUGAAAAUAUUGCUGAAAUGUGGAAUGGCCAAGGAUCUUAAAAGGAUGUAUAAGCUUUUCUCUCACACCAAAGAAGGCAUGAGUCUGAUGAUUUCAUCAGUUAUAAGGACCUUUACCAAGAACGGGGAGGAACUUGUAAAAAAGGCAAAAGAUGCAGAUGAAAAAAAGGAUUUUACGGAAGGCAUUCCCCGACUUUAUUUUGAAUUUGCGACCUACAUCAAGAACUACUUCAGUGAUGACUUCAGAUUCCACAAGGCUCUUUGCAAUGCAUUUGAAAUUCUAAGGAGGGAGGUUGGAUGUAAAAUGACCACCGCUGAGAUGCUGGCAAAACAUGCCCAUGAUAUUCUCAAGAAAGGUGGUGGUAUUGAUAAACAAAGCAAUUCCACUUCUGAGGAUGAGCUUGAUAAGAUUGCAGGGCUUGUUCCUUACAUCAAUGAUAAGGAUAUGUUUGCUGAGUUGCAUAGGAAGAAGCUGAUGCUUAGGCUCUUGUAUGACAAGAAUGCCGACAUAGAACAUGAAAAUUACUUCAUCUUGAGUCUUAAGAAGCAUAAUGGCGCUGUACUCACUUCCAAGAUGGAGCGCAUGAUCACUGAUUUGUCACUGUCAAGAAAAACCCAAAGUGACUUUAAGAACUUCUUGGAAACACACCAAGGAGAGAAUGCUGAUCCUUCCAUUGAUAUGGCUGUCACCAUCUUGACUUCAGGAGUUUGGCCUAGUUUAAAGUCCAGUUCUCUUCAUCUUCCUUCAGAAAUGGCUCAGGGUGCCGAGUUUUUUAAGGAAUUUUACAACUCGAAGAACAACAAGAAGAAGCUAACUUGGAUACACACACUCAGUACCUGCAACUUGAUCGGCCAUUUUGACAAGAAGUCAAUUGAGCUUAUAUUGACAACUUAUCAGGCCUCAGCAUUGAUGCUCUUCAAUGAUGCUGAAAGAUUGAGUUUCGAGGAGAUUAUGACACAACUGAAUGUGGACAAAGAUGAUUUGGUUUGGGUGCUGCAUUCCUUGUCAUGUUCGAAAUAUAAAAUUCUGAAGAAGGAGCCGAGCUCUGAGAGCAUUUCUCCGGCCGACCAUUUCAAGUUCAACUCUGAGUUCACAGUUACAAUGCCGAAAAUCAAGGUGCCGCUUCCUCGCAUCGAAGAUAAGGAGGUAAUACGAGAAGUGAAGGAUAAACAUCAGUAUGCAAUUGCAGCAGCAAUUACAAGAAUAAUGAAGAGGAGGAAAGUUUUAGGCAUCAAUGAGCUUGUUGAUGAAUGCAUUCAACAACUGAGCCAUUUAUUUGAGCCUAGUUUCAGGAUGAUAAAGCUGCAGAUUGAUUCUCUGAUUGACAAGGAGUACUUAGAACGUGAUGCAAACCAGCCCAAUGUCUUCAAAUAUGUGGCUUGAUAUGAAUGUUAAUUCCUGCUUUAAUUUGUAGUGGAGUGUAGAGUGGAAGAAGUUUAGAUAUAUACAUAUAUUUUUUUUCUUUUUUUUAUCUUGACAAAAUGGAUAAGCCCUUGUCCGAGGCAUGUGCAACUCUAUUUUGGAUAUAACUGAUGCCAUCACCCUCUCCAUGAAGAAUCCACAUUGCCCAUGCACAGAGGACAAUGUGCACCAUGCGUUCGGUAGCAAUUGAAUGCAUGACCUUGCCAGGGAAACUAAG